UGUGACCUCUUUGCACACACCAGGCCAAUAAAACUCGGGCCGAAUGACAGUGACAGCUGCCUUGUGGCAUUCAGAGGGAAUCGAGCGGUUCAGUUCCGCAGUCUCAGGGACAAGUAUAUCAUUACAGCCCGGGUGCUCAGAGAGAAGCCACCUAAACCCACCCUCGGGGACAGGCCACGGCGGGGCGUCUCGGGCAUCUGCGAGGCCCCAGCGAGACCCCGCUGUGGGCUCCCUGCCUGCGACAGCUCGGCUUUUGGCAGCUGGGGGACACAAUCCCAGCCUUGGGGCAUCAGAGGCCAGGGGGCAAAAAGGAAGGAGAUGGGGGCCAAGCCGUCAAGUGCUCGCUGCAAGGACAAGGGCCCCAGGAGGAUGGCGUUCCCACGCGGGAGGCAGCAAUUCUCCCCGUGGGACGACACCCUCCUCUCGGGGAAGGACCCCCGGUCUCUGCUGAAGCGGGGCAUGCGCCACGUCAGCUUCAGCCUGGUCACCAAGGGAAUGACAGACAUCCCUGACUUUCUGUGGGGCUUGUCUGAGGUGCAGAAACUCAAUCUGUCUCACAACCAGCUCAGGGCUCUCCCGCCUGAGGUGGGGAAGCUGAGUCGCCUGGUGGUCCUGAACUUAUGCGGGAACCGCCUGCGGAGCCUGCCUCGAGAAAUCGGCCUCCUCAAGAGCCUGAAGGUCCUGUUCGUGAACAUGAACUGCCUGACCGAGCUGCCGGCCGAGCUGAGCGCCUGCAGGAGCCUGGAGGUCCUGAGCCUGUCACACAACUGCCUCUCCCAGCUCCCCGCCAGCUUCGCCGACCUCUCCAGGCUGAGGAAGCUGAACCUCAGCAACAACUAUUUUGCCCACAUCCCCCUCUGCGUGUUUGCGCUCAAGGAGCUGGAUUUCCUGCACGUGGGCUCCAAUCGCCUGGAAAACAUUGCCGAGAGCAUCCAGUGCCUGGUGGGCCUGCAAAUCUUCAUCGCGGAGAGCAACAACAUCCACGCCUUCCCGCGCUCGCUCUGCCUGCUCACCAGCCUGGAGCUGCUGAACCUGAACAACAAUGACAUCCAGACCCUCCCGGACGAGCUCUACCUGCUGUGGAGGCUGGGGAGGAUUGCCUGGAAUCCCAUGGACAAAGGGCUCCACAUCUCGCACAACCCGCUAUCCAAGCCUCUGCCGGAGCUGGUGGAGGGGGGCCUGGAGAUGCUCUGCAGUUACCUGAAAGACAAAAAGCACAGCUGACUGGGCCCCGGGGGCACAGCCGCCGUCAGCGCGCGGACACCUGUCAGCUGGGUACUUCUCCGGGCUCAGCUUUCUCCUCUUACUGCUCACGUUGGUCGAAAGGCAUUGCACGGCCGUUCUACGGAGGUGUGUGCUUUGCCCUGUGCAUGCGCCUAAGGAGCCCCGUGAUGGCGUGUUCAUCCCAUCCUGAACCUAAGUGGAAACAGGCCUUUGGUUUUCUCCAAGGAGAAACCACUCUGGUUCUCCCGAGGAGCAGUGGCACUCAGUCCUUGGAAUAGUAGACGGCAGGUCUAAUUCAACGGAAUUCAGAAGUCAGAUAUUUGCUAAGUAUGUGCUGUGGGCCAAGUGUGGCAUGAGACGUUGACACCAUUUGGUUUCAACCCUUGAACUGGCGUCCUGCAGCCAGGGAACAGCAGCAAGGCACACUGGUGCGUCAGCCUUGAUCAAGCGUUACGGGGGACCAAAGAGGCAGCUGGAGCCCCGCUCUCCUGGCAAUGACGGGGUCGGGCAGAGCUUUCCCCGCGCCUUCUAGGGGGAAACAGCAUAAGAAAUGUGUCUCUCAAAUGAUUGUAGAGUAACAGUCAAGCUGCUCAUGCUCACGUCUGCUGGUGAGUGACAGGAAUAGCGCGAUGGCUUUCAGAUAAUAAAUACAAAACCAAUUUUAACGUACAGUUUUAACCUUCUUUCCCAGUCCCCCGGCAGCCGCUGUCGUAUCCCUGAGCUUUUGUAGAGAUGCCAGCCGAUGGUUAACUUAUCCAAUUCUACUUUCUCUUCUCCUCCCUUAUUAGAUUUGCCCCCUCAGGGCUGAGCUAAUGACCGGGGGGGGG